AUGUGUAGUCCAAAACUUCUUUAUGAGAUCAUAAAUCCUUUGGCCCUUCUUGUCAGACUGAGAACGAUUUUAAAGGCAGUAUCAGGUAAAUCUGAGUGGCUUCAGCACUUAACCAGGAUAAUUUUUGGACCUGCCUCUCUUCUUACACCCAGCCUGAAGAGAAGUCCGGAAGAACUCGACAAAGUUCCCAUAUGGGAAUUGUUUUUCUGGUCCGAGGCGGGCAUUACUGUGCCUUCUUUUAAAAAAAAAAAAUUCUGAGCUUGUCGUUCCUCUCACUAACGAAUAAAGUCGGGAACCGCCUGUCUGUCUAGCGACUCAAGAGACAGCCUGGGUCCUCCUCGUUACUCCUCGUCUUCACCCAUCAAACACCGAGCGCUAAAGAACGGAGGAACACCAGGCCGACCUGGCCGCGGCCCGCUCUCCCUCACCCGACCGACCUUUCUAACAUGGCGGAGUCGGCCAGCGUUUCUCCUUUGAACGCCCAGCUGUCUCCAGAGGGCGCCUCACUCCCCCCCCAAACAGCUUUCUUUUGCCGCCAAGAUGGCGGCGACGGCCGCCUCCCGAAAACCCCACCACCCGAACCGGCCGAAAAUACAGCUGCCUAGGAAAAUAUCCAGACGUUAUCCGGCCUAUGAGCUGUAUCUCUAUGGUGAAGGAAACUAUGCAGAGGAAAAUAGAAAGCAGCCAUUGAGUGGAAUUCCUAUUCUUUUUCUUCCUGGCAAUGCUGGCAGUUAUAAGCAAGUACGUUCACUUGGGUCAAUAGCACUCAGAAAGGCAGAAGAUGUUGACUUUAAGUACCAUUUUGAUGUCUUCAGUGUCAACUUCAAUGAGGAACUAGUUGCGCUUUACGGAGGAAGCCUCCAGAGGCAGACCAAAUUUGUACAUGAGUGUAUUAAAGUAAUUCUUAAGUUGUAUAAGGGUCAAGCGUUUGCUCCACGUAGUGUUGCAAUAGUAGGGCAUUCCAUGGGUGGCCUUGUUGCAAGAGCCCUGCUGACUCUGAAGCAUUUUAAGGCAGAACUACUUAACGUCCUCAUUACUCAAGCCACACCUCAUGCUGCACCUGUAAUGCCUUUAGAUCAAUAUCUUACAGAUUUUUAUGCAGUUGUAAAUGAUAACUGGAUUUGGAAGGCCCAAGAAAUAAAGAAUCUUACAACUCUUUCUGUAGCUGGAGGAUUUCGAGAUUAUCAAGUUCGUUCAGGUCUGGCUUUUCUACCCAGGUCAAGUCAUCAAAGCACUGCCUUAUCUGUUGUGAGUUCAGCAGUUCCUCGAGUCUGGGCAUCAACAGAUCAUCUCUCAAUAGUUUGGUGUAAAGAAUUGAUUUUGGCUACUGUCAGAGCCUUCUUUGACCUUAUUGAUGAAAAGACUAAACAGAUAUCAGAAGAUCCACAGAAAAGAACGUUGGUCUUGAAUCAUCACUUUCUGAGACAUCCAGCAAAAUUAUUUGAAGAAAAGCCUGCAUCAAUUAUUGAAUUAAUAGGUUCAUUAACCUGGAUCCAGGUAAAAUCAUCAAAAUGGUCCUAUACAGGAUAUAAUGAAUCAGCUGGAAAAUAUUUUACUUUUGCCCUCUCAAGCUACAGAAAAUCAUCUAGUCACGUCUACUGUCAAAACAGCAUGUUGGACACAAAUAGUUGGAUAUAUGGUUGUAUUAACAGUACCUCAUACAAAUGUCUGCAAGGUGUGGAUUUGACUUGGAAAGCCGAAUUGCUACCAACAGUUAAGACUGUGACUCUGAAACUUCAAGACUAUCCUUCUUUGACUCAUCUUGUACUUCAUGUACCAGCUGUCAAUGGUAAUAAGUUUACUUUGGACUGUGAGUUCUUCAAUGAAGCUUCAAGAACAGUGCAACUUCCUGUGACUCAGCUUUUUUCUUUGGGGAUAUCUUCAAGCAAAAUCGUAUUAAAUUCAACUGGGCUUUUUCACAGUGUUCAGCUCCAACAUUUUGGUCAGAUAUAUCAAGCUUUUAAGAUCUCUAUAGAGAGUCGCUGCCAAUCACUUAAAGAAAGAAAACCUAGUAUCUACCGACUUCAUAUACCAUGGUCCCAUGAAGACACUUUAACUUUGUCCCAGGUUCCAUCUUCUGUUGAGAUUUCUGCAAAGCUACACACUGCGCAACCUGAAAAUAACACUGCAGUACCAUUGUUGAAUAUUUAUUCAUCUUCAGAUUGUCAGUAUGAAGUAACUAUCAAGACUUCUUUUCUUCAAGUUCUUGGUCAGGUAAUACGGUUCUAUGGUGGUGCCCUUCCCGUGUACAUUAUUUCUAAUAUUCUUCUCGCGUAUGGGAGACAACAAAGGUCCUUAAUUUCAACAGGUCAGUGUUUAGAUUUUGUUUCUGCACUUACUAAAGCAGCCAAACCCUAUAAAGUGGAACCUAUUGUGAAUGCUCUUACAUUUUUAUACGGGUUUAACUGGUUUAAAAGAAUGUGGGCUUCCUUAUUCUUGCCAGAGUUGGAUGCUGUUACAUUAAGCAACCAGAACUUAUGGUUUCCUUUUGUGUCACUGAUUCUCUUCCUGUUUGGCACUGGCAUAGCCUAUUGGGGUGGCAUACUCUUCAAUUUGUCUAUAAGUCUGUUGUCUUCAUUGCAGCUAGCUUUGACCAGACCCCCUGGACUACCAUCAGACAAGAGUUUUAUUACACGAAGAAGGUUGUGUGUUGCUGCUUCCAUGAUUUUUCUUAGCUGGACUACAUGUGGGGCCCUGGCUAUAAUAAUUACAUAUUUCCAUUACAUCUUUAAGGUUAUUAAUCUACAUUCAAAUGUCAGAACAGAACUAAGUGCCCUUAAUACAUCUCCAAACAAUUUGGAACUGUUUGGAACAAAUAAUCUGCAGCAAAAUUCAAAUUAUCCCAAAAAAGAAAUGGGAAAGAGAUGUGAAUCAAUGGAUGUCCUCUCAGAAGCAGAAAAACCAUCUCUUAUCACCACAGCGACUGACAACAUUGCUGACAGUCUUAAUAUGCAUGUUACAAUCAUUAACUUGCUCACGUGGAUUGUGCUGCUUAGUUGUCCAUCGUUGAUAUACUGGGUAAAAAAUCUCAGGUACCAUCUCAGACUGGAUCCUGAUCCAUGCAGAUCUGUUGCUUUUAUAGUUGUAUCCAUUUUGGGAAUACUCAUGAAUACAAGUACCUCAAAAAUUAAAUCAAGCAAACUGUUGAAGAUUGCAGUGCAUUUUCCACUUCCUUUAUCCGUUGCUGUCGUCGCUUUUGCACCAAUGCAUUUAUACAGAAUAUCAUAUUUAAUUGUCAUCCCUCUUUUUUUUCACGCACUGUGUUGCAUUGUGUGAGACUUUACUUUAUCAAAGCACUGGGCCGACCAGCGAGAGUUCUGGAAGUCUGAACAAAGAACUGUCCGGGACAGCAUGGUGCCAACGUGGACUCUGCCUUCUUUUGGUGGCGGAAGUGAGAAUAAUGUUUUGUAUGCAGUGUGAGGAACAUGUGGGAGUGUUUUCUACAUCUCUCUUUAGGUGUUAAAAGUAAUAUUUGGAGGGAAAAUCUAGGCACAUUCCUCCUAAUCUGCACUUGGCUUUAGUGACAGGUGCUGCCUGAUUUCCUGGGUAUGAGAGUAGGUUUUUUUAAUUGUUUUAACCGUUGUAGUUUUCUAUGUAUCCUAUAUGUUCUUGUGUUUUGAAGCACAGUGACUGAAAGCAAGCAGUCAUAAAACUGAACAGCCAAAUGAACAGACAAUCUAAAAAAUUCUGAUCUCACCAUAAGCAGCGGCUUGUGCUUUGUCCUUUCCUUGGGUCUCUAAUGAAGCUUUCAUGCUGUUGCUGCUUGACUGUUGCUAGUGACAAAUCCAAAGCUGUAUUGGAGCCUGCAAAUUCGUGAGCUCAUUGAACGCAGUAGUACCGUAGUACGACAGCACUCUUAUCUUAAGAGUGACGUCAUUUAGUGAACAUACCAGCGAAUCUGUAUGCUCCUUCUGCUGUUAGCGGUGCAAAAUCUCAAGCUCAGGGCAGAUUCUCAGGUUACUAUUUCUAUGCAGAGAGAUUUGUGCUGAUGUACAUAAAAACAUGUUGAAGGUAACAUUAAAAUAGCUGCCCAAGUUAGAUCCAUUGGGGGGGGUCCCUCUGUUGGGAAGAAUUCCAGUAUCUAAAUAUAUUCAGGAUCAAAAUACACAUGU